AUGAUCGGUCUCUUUGUUCUGUGUUUUGUUGUGACCACGGGGGACGAGAAUAAUUUAUUCCUCGCCCUCCUCGCGAACAAAUUAUUUCUUCCCAGUAUUUAUGCUUGGAUGUCCGAUUUUGUGGGUCGAUGGGAAUUUUGGUACCUUGAUGUAUUAGCUCUAUUGGCUGCUAUCGAGCUACUCAUCCAUAGACAGCGGGAGCUUCUCGUCGAAGAGGCGCUUCUGUGGGCCACGACACGGGUCGUCAUAUUUAUAUGUCGACGGAAGGGGGUGGAGAUCGACUCUCUGCUUCAACCAGGGGGGAUAAUUCGGGUCUGGAGAUGGGUGAUUGAAUGCAUUCCUGGUUGGUUGUUCGAUUCGACGGUGCACUGGUCUAAGUGGUAUACACUAGGGCUAGAUUGCAUGGGGGUAGUUGCUGGUGCUUAUCUCGUGUACACAAAGGAUUACACUCCCCUUGCUCGAGGAGUGAUUCUUUGGUAUGUCCUGCGCUAUUGGUUUCCCCCAUUGGAGGAUUGGAAGAACUGGUACCUUGAAUUUGUUCUGCCAUAUUUGGAGAAGCACCGUACCAUCCUGUAUCUACCAUUCGCCCUCCCUGUUCUCUGGGCAAUCAUACAGCAGAAGUUUAAGUUACUUUUGUCCGGACUUUCCCUGUUGCUUGUAGUGCAUUGGGAGGCGUCGUGGAUAUGGAAGCUGGCUAAAAAAGGGUACGAGGCCAAAGCCUUCUUGAUCUGGACAUUCGUCGCGUGGAGGACAUUCCGAGCCGGAAAUUACGUUCUCGAACUCGAGGCGGGCUAUUUUUUGCUCGCUGUGUUUGCGCGAUGGAUUUCGCGUGUCGGGGUGAAAGAAGGGUAUAAUUUUGUGUUUCUCUGGUUUGGCAUCGUUCUUGUCUGGAGGGUCUACGCUGCUAAGAUUGAAACCAUGAAGAUGCCCGUGGAUGUUUUGGUGGUUUUCUGCAUGGAUUGGUUAUCGGUUGUAUUGAUGGAGGCAGGUGCAUCAACGGUGAGUAAGAAAUCGUCAAAGUCGAGCCCUUGGAAUGAGCACCUCUGGGAUAUCUAUAGUACACCAACCCCUCUUAGGAGGGUCUCCAUUCGGGGCGAGGAGAUAGCCGAUUAG